CCCACGUGACCCAAACGAUGAUGGCGGGCGCGGCAGAAGACUUGCGAGAGCUCUUCGGAGCUGCUGUUCGAGCGGCUCUAGAUGCUUGGCCUGCUUUGCAGAUCGCUGUGGAGAAUGGCUUCGGGGGCGUGCACAGCCAGGAGAAGGCCGAGUGGCUGGGGGGUGCAAUGGAGGAUUACUUCAUCGCCAAUGAUGACUUAGAGCUGGAAGAGGUGGAAGAUUUCCUUGGGGAGCUGAUGACCACUGAGUUUGAUACAGUUGUGGAAGAUGGGAGCUUGCCCCAGGUGAGUCAGCAGCUACAGACCAUCUUCCACCACUUCCAGAAUGGUGAUGUAGCUGCUCUGCUGGAGCUGACCUCUGAGAUCGACGAAAAGAGGUGCACAGUCACUGCUACCUCAGGACAGACAGCCAGAGAAACUGAUGUGGAUGAAGAUGAAGUAGACAGCGUGGAAGAAAUGGAGGUGACAGCUACAAAUGAUGGGGCCAUGAUGGAUGGGAUCUGCCCCCAGCCUCAACCGCCUGAGCCAGACUCCCAGACUAUUAAGGAAGAGGAUAUAGUGGAAGACGGUUGGACCAUUGUCCGGAGAAAGAAAUGAGUAGGGCAGUAAAUGGCUUGGGUAUUGUGAGAGAGUUAUAGGGGCUGUUUUGGAGGGUUAUACACCUCUAUCCUGAUAACCAUAUUCCUACCUUGUUCCCCUGUCCUUCCCUCCAGGGGAAGAAAAGCCUUGAUUGUGUUGAUGGGACCUAUUCCAGUUCCUUGAACCUUAAGGUACCAUAUGAGAGAUAAGACCAGAUUUCCCAGCAUAGUGCCUCGUAGGUGCUGUGAAUGUCAAGAUGGGUGAUGGCUAUGGCUGUGGUUGGAGUGGAAGCCAGACUUGUGGACAGUAGGCAGGUACAUUUGUGGAAAGGACGAGAAUCCACAGUGGGAGGCUGGCUGGAUUGGGAAUGGUGAGAUAAACAUGGUUGGAAGAGUAAGUGUGGCACCUCCCCAAUAUCCCCACCCCAGCCUCCCAUGGAGCAAUUCUUUACCCUGCCCAGAACUCGCAUCCUCCUGUGAAUGCUCCCACCCUGAAUACUUUUGAGUUUGGAGGGCUUGACUAAGUGGUGAACUUGAGAAAGUUGGGCUGUUUUAAGUCCAGGGAUGAGGCUUAAGACCUUAAUAACACCUUCUUGUUUAAUCCAUGACUUAACCUUGGAAUCGGCCUUCUGAGAGCUGAGCUUCAGAGUUCAGUGAAAGAAUAGUUUUUGCACCCACCCCACCCCCAGUAACCUUGGACUUUGGACAAACAGAAGGACCAUAGCAGUGCUCUGAAAGUUACUGUAAGCCUGAAAUAAACUGUAUUUUUCUUUAAAAAA